AUGUGUGAAGGUCCGAGUGGCCAUUUUGACCCCAUGGAUGAGAACCAGAAGGCAUGGUGGCUAAGGACUGGAGCGCUCUUGGAAAGAAUCCUAAAAGACGCGUCGUAUAGCCCAGACUUGCAACAUCAAUACCUUGAUUUCUAUCGAAAAGUUUUAGUCCCAGCCCUGGGUCCGUUUCCAUCUUGUUUCCAUAGCGCCAUUACGUUCACUGGGCUCCCUCUGGAGUUCAGCGUUAACUAUCAACAAUCCUCCGUACAACCGGUUGUCCGAAUCAGCAUUGAAGCGGUUAAUUCCUCCAGCGGAACGGCAGAAGAUCCGUACAACCAGACUCCAAUGAGAGGGCUAAUUACCAGGCUUCGCCAGAUGGGGAUUCAGGGCUUUGAUGCCACACUCCUGAAUCACUUCAUCCAGGAGCACUCCGUCGGGAACGGACAGAAGAGCGGCCUGACGAGUUCCCAAAUGGAUAAGAUUGAUUCCGUCUCCCAGGCAGCCUUUGGAUUCGACUUGAAAAAGUCUGGCAUAUCCGUCAAAGGCUACACUUUUCCCGGAGUCAAAUGCCUCUUGUCAGGCGUACCUCUCGCGCGGUUGCUGAAAGAUUCUAUACACGAAAAAGUGACCGGCAUCGACAGCUCCGACGCAUUUACCGUCGUCAAUGACUAUAUGGAGGAGACCGAUGGAUACAACACGUUUUGCUUUUUCUCUUGGGAUUGCGUAUCUCCGCAGAAAUCGCGUCUCAAGUUCUAUGGAUCGUACGACAGUGUGACAUGGGCUAAACUCGAAGACAUCUGGACCCUGGGGGGUCGCAAUGGCGGUCCCUCUGUGCGGAGAGGCCUGGAAUACUUCCGGCAGUUGUGGAAUAUUGUCUGCUACGGCAAACCGACAUCCCAAGUCAAGGUCUCCACGGAUGAGGUAUAUGCGACCAAGACGCCUCUCAUCUGGAAUUACGAAAUGAAAUCGGGCAAUCCCUUCCCAGCGACCAAGCUGUACAUACCUGUACAAGGGAAGAACGACGGCGAAGUUGCCCAGUCCAUUGCAUUGUUCUUCCGCGAAGUCGGAAUGGACGCCUACGCAGACUCCUAUGUCAGGACCGUGGAGUCAUAUUUUCCGGACCAUGAUCUUGAAACAUCUGAGAGUCUUAUAUCUUGGAUCUCAUUCGCCUAUUCGGAGACGACGGGGGUUUACCUCAGCGUUUACUACAAUGGCAUGCCAUAA